GCCUAUCAAAAUUUUAAAAUAAUAAUAAUUAUUUUAAUUUAAUAUUCUCCCCUUCAGAGUCAAACUGAUAAUCAAACACAGUUUCAUCAAGGUUUUUGAUGCCAUUUUGUCGCCUGGCAAUUCAUCCUCUUCAUACAAAUCAUAGAUGGAACUUAUGAGCUGAUUUUUCUGAAUAUUAAGCUUUUCUUUCUAUAUUCCCUAAACAGAAACAAAUAAAAAUCCCGGUUAUGAUCCAACAACCUCGAUGGGGAAACUUUCCAGCAUGAUAACAGGAAGAUGAAAGGGUUGGAUAAUGUAAUUGUAAGACUGAUAACCUGUUGUAUAAUUUGCCUAUUCCUGUCAACUCAAUCUACUUGUACAGAAGAAGUUAAUGUAAUUACCAAUGUGAAGCAUGAGCUACGGGAGCUCAAUCAAGAUAGUGAAGUGUUGAAAACUUGGUCAGGAGAUCCGUGUCUCCCUCGUCCAUGGCAUGGUUUGUCUUGUGAGCUUCUUAACAGUACCUCAGUCAUAACUAAACUAGAUCUAUCCUUCAAAAGCCUUACAGGACCGCUCCCUCCCAGUAUCACUGAACUGAUUCACUUGAAGGAAUUGAACUUGAGCAACAAUAGGUUCACUGGGACCAUUCCCGAGUUUCCAGCUUCCUCAGUGUUGACAUCAGUGGAUCUGAGCCACAAUGAUCUCACGGGAAACAUCACAGGAUAUCUAACCUCUCUGCCUUAUCUGACAACGUUAUGUUUCGGAAGCAAUCCUCUUUCCAGCCAAAAUCUUCCUUACAGCCUAAGCAGAUCGAAUCUUACUACAGGCAACGGGAAAUGCUCAGCUCAAGGAUCUUCCCAUUCAAGUCAACGAAUUUGGAUAGGCAUAGCUGCGGGUGGAUCCCUCUUCAUUAUGAUAGUAUUUGGAAUCUCUUUGGCUUGCCUAUACAAACACAAAAGGAUGGCUCUGCAAAAAUUUGAUGUAAAACGUCACCCAAUGUCAAAGAAUGCAGUUUAUGCAGUUCCAAGCAUGGAUGAUAUUGUAACGAAGUCCAUAUCUAUCCAGAGCUUCACAUUGGAGUACAUAGAAAUUGCUACAGAAAAGUACAAGACAUUGAUAGGUGAAGGUGGGUUUGGAUCAGUUUACCGUGGUACUCUACCUGACGGUCAAGAGGUGGCUGUGAAGGUCCGAUCAGCGACAUCAACCCAGGGAACUCGUGAAUUUGACAAUGAGUUGAAUUUGCUCUCAGCAAUUCGGCAUGAAAACUUGGUCCCACUACUUGGCUUCUGCUGCGAGAAUGACCAACAAAUUCUUGUCUAUCCUUUUAUGUCUAAUGGCUCCCUACAGGAUCGCCUUUAUGGAGCAGCAUCAAAGCGAAAGAUUUUAGAUUGGCCAACCAGACUUUCAAUAGCUUUAGGUGCUGCAAGAGGUUUGACAUAUCUUCACACCUUCUCUGAGCGCUGUGUCAUUCAUAGGGAUGUGAAAUCGAGUAACAUACUCUUGGAUCAUAGCAUGUCCGCAAAGGUUGCAGACUUUGGAUUUUCAAAAUAUGCACCUCAAGAAGGGGACAGUGGCACUUCUUUAGAAGUAAGAGGCACUGCUGGAUACUUGGAUCCAGAGUACUACUCCACACAACAUUUAUCCACAAAAAGUGAUGUCUUUAGCUUUGGGGUUGUUUUACUGGAAAUCAUAAGUGGCCGAGAACCUCUCAACAUAAAAAGACCACGAAAUGAGUGGAGCUUAGUUGAAUGGGCCAAACCCCAUAUAAGGAAUUCAAGGAUCGAAGAAAUUGUGGACCUUAACAUAAAGGGAGGAUACCAUGCUGAAGCAAUGUGGAGAGUGGUGGAGGUAGCUCUGGCAUGUAUUGAGCCUUACUCAGCUUAUCGCCCAUGCAUGGCUGACAUUGUUCGUGAACUUGAGGACGCUUUUAUCAUAGAAAACAAUGCAUCAGAAUACAUGAAAUCCAUAGAGAGUUUCGGGGGAUCCCGUCGCUACUCUAUAGAGAGGCCCAUUGUCAUACCACAAACUCCAAUUCCAACUGAACCAUCAACUGUUCUUAUGCAACCACCUCCUCCUCAACCAAGAUAGUUAAUUCGGUGGACAAUCUCAGAAAUUGUGAGAGAUAGACAGCCUAAGAGAUUAUGCACCCAUAAAAUUUUUGUUAGCCAAAAUUGAUCUAACACUUGUGAUCAAUACUCUCUUUCUCUAUUUUGCUAUUAUUAAUACCAUGUAAAGACUUGGACAUGUUGGUUACAGUCAGUUCAGCUACUAUCUUUGCACUCAAUCA